GGGUCAAAUGAUGGUGAGGACAAGGCUCAAUGGCGCUCUAUAUAUCUGCUCUCGAUGAAUGUUCGAGCCUCAAAGCAUCUGUAAGCAUCUACGGAUGGGUCGCCCCAUGCAGUUAGAUGCCAUCAUAUGGCGGGGUACAGAGGCGGGGUCAUCCGCUUCUCUGACCAGUUCUUCGGACUCCCUCCAAAACAUCUCGGACUUGCCCCAAGUCCUGUCUCUGCUCAUGUGACGGCGACACAGGUUUGCAUCGAGAGCGCUUUGAUCAAGAAGACACUCGAGUGCACGGAAGGAACAUCUGCCAAGAGCAAAGAACCAGCCCCCUCCUUCCCCCAUCUUCGUACCUGUCAGCCAUCGAACUGUGUUCAACCGACCAUAACCUAUCUUUCUUCCUGCUUCCGAGUGUUCUCUCUAGAAAAUGAUAGGUUAUACGGCAAUAAGCAUACGUGGGCCGCGAGAAAGCGAAGAGGCUUGAAAGUAAACAUGUAUAAGCUUAUCUCGUCACAGCAUGAGAAAGGCUGUUAUCGCAUACCAAGCGAGGUCUGUGCGGCAGACACCAAAUCGCCACUUGGGACUUGCACAUUUCCUUCAAUCAUCACAGGAAGAGUGCUCUCUUGCGACGAUACUGCUUGGCAACAUGUUGGCUGUUCGAUGGUUCAACUCCCCACGCUCUGAAUGGGUCGACCCUUGCGAAGAACAUUGAUUAUUGCGACACUCGCCAGACGUGGUGGCUUCAUUUAGCU